GAGCUUCUCAGGCAACUUGAGCUUCCCGAGCUUUCCGCGCAGUCCGAAACUGCAGUGCCGCUGGAAACGAUGGUGAAAACAAUCGAGAACAUGGAAAACUUUUACUCUGAAUUGAAAGAGGCUGGAGAAAAAUUAGUAGUAGUUGACUUCUCAGCCACAUGGUGUGGUCCAUGCAAAAUGAUCAAGCCUUUCUUUCAUUCACUUUAUGAAAAGUACCCAGAGGUAGUCUUCAUAGAAGUGGAUGUUGAUGACUGUCAGGAUGUUGCUGCAGAGUGCGAAGUGAAAUGCAUGCCAACAUUUCAGUUCUAUAAAAAUGGUGUAAAGGUGGGUGAAUUUUCUGGAGCCAACAAGGAAAAGCUCGAAUCAACCAUUAAUGAAUUGAAGUAAUUGUGGAUCCUGUGAACAGUGUGAACAACUGUCAGCUGUCUAAAUUAUAUAGCUUAUAAUUUUUUUUCUAUUUCCCAAAAAAAGAUCAAGUGUAACAAGAGUAUGUAUCCGAAUAACAUUUGAUUGUAAAUGACAAUAAAAUGUAAAUCCUAACCUUU